CGCUGGGCCCGGUUUCGGUUUCUUUUCACCUAACUGCGAUUCGGCGGCAGGCCCGGUUACCCACCACUUCGUUCUCUUCUUGCCGUCUCUCCUUGAGGGUUCAUCGUAUAAAAGCACGAGGAUCUUCAACGUGAUCAUCAGUCGUAAACACGACGAAUUGUGUCGAAAACUCGUGCAGCAUCAUGAACAAGUUUGUAGUCCUUUUUGCCCUGGUGGCGCUCGCUUUCGCUGAAGAAGCGAAGACUGAGAAGAAAGUGGAAGCUACGAAGAAGGAUAAACGGGGUCUAUAUGGAGCCUUGGGCUACGGUGGACUCGGCUACAGUGGCUACGGCCUCAGUGGACUCAGCACGUAUUCGUCACUUCCGAUCGACUUCAGCCCCAGCAUUUCUACCGUCUUGACAAAGGAAGUCGCCGUACCUGUGCCCCAACCGGUCGCCGUGCCCGUCGAGAAGCACGUCCCAGUCCCCGUUAAGGUGCCCUACGCAGUGCCCGUCGAUCGCCCGUACCCCGUUCACGUGCCCAAACCAUACCCAGUCGAGGUCACCAAGCACGUCCCCGUCCCAGUAGAUCGUCCCGUACCUGUUCCCGUAAGUGUUCCCGUCAAGGUUCCGUAUCCCGCUCCAUACGCCGUCAAGGUACCACAGCCCUACGCCGUUCCCGUCGUCAAACACGUACCGGUCCCGAUCGCUGAACAGCCACUUGUCUACACGAAACUGAACACUGGUCUGGGAUACUACGGCGGUUAUUCUUCCAACUGGUAAAACGGCGAUCCUAGCGAAGUUACCCCGAGCGACGUUCUAGUCGACGUCGUUUAAACGCCCGAAAUGUCUUCAGUGAACUGUGAAGUUCGAUAAUUGAUCUCCCUCGAUGAAAAAAAUACCUCCAGAGGAAGAUGUACAUAUAUUAAUGCAUGUUAAUAUAUAUCUUUCUUCGAGAGAGACGUGCAGUGUAGCUAAAAAGUGAAUACAUAUCUCUCAUUUCGAAAAUUAA